UCUUCCAUUCGUUAAUCCUUGCUUUUGCAAUCUGGUACAGUCUUAACUCCGGGAACGGCGCGCAAGUAAAGACAUGGGAAGAGCGGCAACAGGGAAGAGAAGCUGCGGCACGUGUAAAGAUCGAAAAAUUCUCUGCGAUAGAACUACUCCUACUUGUUCUCAAUGUACACGGACAAAACGCGAAUGCAAAGGCUACGGCCUGCGACUGUCGUGGCCAAGAGAGAAAGAUGCUAGACGUGCUAUCGUGCUCCAGUCUUCUCGGCAUAAUAUAAAGCAUUCAGACAAGCGAGUAAAAAAUGCGUCCAUGGUCCAUGCCACGAAUUGGGACAUAGAGAUGUACAUGUUCUUGUCAGCCCUAGCUGCUCGUGCGCCCGUGCUUCAUGAGCCGGUACGAUGGAACCCUCACCAAAUGGGAGAAGUGGAGUGGGACUUGCUGAAUUAUUUUCAACUGGAAGCAUCCCGAUCUCUCACUACAUUUGGUUCCGACCCAAAGCAUCUCGCAAAAUUCCUCAUGCAAAUAUCGCAGAAUGGAAAAUCGCCGGCUUCGAAAGCAGUUCUCCACUCCAUCCUCGGACUCUCAUCUGUAUAUCGUUACGGCUGGAAUGCUCAAGCUAUGGAAUUCAAAAUUUCUAGUUUGCGAGCUCUAGCCCAGGCGUCAGAGACGUUCGAAGAGUCGGUAGAAGGCACGCAUCAUGUCGCGGCAGGAAUGCUUCUGUGUUCCCUUGAGGUUCACAUGGCCUCUUGCAGUGCCAGCGAGUGGACGUGGUACGUCAACGGCAUCAAAGAAAUUCUUUACUCUGAUAUUCCCCACCGGAAAUGCACACUCGACGUAGAGAAAACAAUGCUGAUGAAUUGGGUCUACUACCAUGAUAUCAUGAAGGUUUUCAGCAUCCGGCACUGGAAGCCGGAACGAGAAGACGAAGUUAUAGCGUCCAUAAGCCAGCCUCAGAUUCUGAACGAAUCCAGCACCCGGAAGCUAGUAAGCAGGGAAGAGCUCACAUACUGCGACGAGCCACUGUCAUCGGCACCCUGGAUACCUGCGAUCUUGAAGCUGAUGUCAGAGCUCUGCGACACAGUGCCAACGAAACCGUGCCUACAAAGCAUGAGUGCACAAGAACUGGAUGUAUACGCAAACCGCAUCAAGAUACUCGACUGGCGGAUUAGAGACAUUCCGAUGCCUUCUCCUACCGAGAAGUCCAGCGCAAGCGUCUAUUUAUAUCAGCUCGCCAUGCUCAUCUACCUCAAUCGCGUCACCGAGAAUAUCCUCAAGCAAACCUCAAAGCUGAAAGGAUAUAUCGACAACGCAUUCACGCUCAUAUCUGAGCUGGAAACAUGCAAGCCACACUUCCCAAUGUACAUCAUAGGCUGGGAGGCACGGACCGAUGAGCAGCGAGCGACUUUCCUCGAAAUGUUGGAACGGACCAAGAAAGAUCCAUCCUCCCGGUCAGUGUUCCAUGUCGAGGCAUUGGUGCAAGCUGGGUGGACGCAAGACGAUCUUGCCGAAGAGGAUUUGAACUACUGGGAUAAAGUGACUACUCUCGUCAGCGUCUGCUUCACCAUGCCCAGCUUUGUAUAAGUGCGAUUCGUGGUUAGGAUAGCUUAGUCCAGCUAACUCCAUAUCUCAAGAACCCAUCAUGUCUUCCAG